UCAGAUCCUUCCACGUGUCAGAAAACCUCUUCCCUGCAUUCUCAGCUUCCCUUUUGCGACGUAUCAGAAAAUUGAGCGUUGAAAUUGAGAGAAAUUAAAAACAGGAGAAGGGUCACCAUUGCUGAUAAGGAGGAGGAGAUUUAACACUCCUCCUCAUCAACCUGAAUCACGACCUAUUUAAUUUACUCCAUUAUUAUAUGUCAAUUUAGGAUUUAGCUCAAUUAUUAUACGUGAAUGUUAUAUAUUAUUCGUCGCAUUUGAAAAAUCCAUAUAUAGUUCGAGAAGAGGGUCAUCCUAUUUUCUUCCUCUGUUGCUCGAGCGAGACCGAGGUGGAAAAGGCAUCGGAUUUGACUUUGAUAUGGCUGAACAGGGACUUGACUCAUUUCAAAGGGUACGGCAAUCAAAAGGAAACCAGGAACUGAAUGAUGAGUUGAAAAUGAAAGCAAAUGAACUCGAAAGGCUUUUUGCCGAGCAUAAACUACGUACUCCUCCUGGAAAUCAAUCUAAUUCUAUCAGCAGAAUUAGUAGGCAUAGUUACAUGCAAAGUUGGCCAUCAGCUACUUCAUCCUACAGUAAUUCUGUAUUAGAUAAUGCUUUUGUCGAUCAAGUGUUUGACAAUUUUACUGAACCUGGUGAUAGGAUCUCUUCUGAUGAGGUAAAUAGUUUUGCGGUUGGUUCUCCAGGGAAAUUUUAUGAUAUGUAUAUGCAGAAAAGGGAUGCAAAACUUAAGGAAGAAUGGAAUUCUAAGGGAGCAGAGAAAGAAGCUAAGCUGAAAGCUAUGGAGGAUAGCCUUGAGAGGAGUAAAGCUGAAAUGAAGACUAUGGACAGACUCAGAUCAUUCAAUUCCAGUUCAAAUUUUAGCAGAGACCAGCAACAAUCAGAAUUUGGGCAAAGUGAUGAUAGAGAACAUAAGCCUGGAGAAGAAGUUUCUACACAAAAUGCUCAGAGGAAGAAACAACAUUUACCUAUCAAAACUUCAUCUACACCUCAAGCCAUAGUAGCAUCUGUUACAAGGUCUCCAGUGAAGGCUUCUAGUAGUCCGUCUAGUCGCCGAAAAUUUCAACCUGAAAGUCCAAUUGCACGUUCUGUUCCAAACUUGUCUUACCUGAGAAAGGAAAACUCAGAGCCUUCUUCCCCGGCUGGUAAAAUGACUACUCGUUCACAAUCCAGGAACUAUUCUCGCAGCAACUUACUGCACUCACAGUCCUUAAGAAAAAGCUCUGCUUUGAAUUCUGAGGGUGUUAGUUUGGCACCUCUCAAAUUUGAUAAGGACAAGAUGGAACAUAGUCCUACGGGUGUAAUUUCAGCACCUCCACAAUCUGGCGAUGAAAAGAAGGAGCAGAGUCUUACAGAUAAAAUUCCCAGCAUUUCAGAUUCGAAGACUUCCAUAAAGAAGGUAAAAGAUGCUGACUUCAGUUCAAGAGGUGGUUUGAUUGAGACAAGGGGUUCUAAUAUUGUAUCUAAGUUUGCGCACAAUGUUGAUGAUGAGGAUGAGGCUGAUGAUGAUGAUAUGGAAUUGGAUUCCGAGAACUCAGUGAAUAUAGAUGAGGAAGACUUUGAGAACAUGAUAUCUGCAGUUGAGGAAAUUUUUGAUAAUAGGACACCAAGACUGAGCCAUGAGACAGAGAAGCUGGUAAAUUCUGGUUCAGAAUUUGGUGAUAUCCUGAGAUCACCUUCUUCUGUGCCUUCUAGCUUCCUCUCUGGUAGAUUUGCACAUGAGUCGCUGAGAGAAAGUAGUCCUAUCUCACAGACUGAUCAUCACCCUUUUUCUUAUCCUCAUGACAUGUCUGAUGUUGAUGCUUCAGACUCUCCUGCGGGAAGUCCUGCAUCCUAUAAUUCACAUUUUAUGGGUCCAAUGGAGAGUGAUUCAGCUGCUAGAGUGAGGAAGAAAUGGGGAAUGGCGGCUCAGAAACCAAUCCAUGUUGUAAAAUCUUCUCAAAAUCAAUUGCGCAAGGAUAAGGCUAGAGGAUUUAAACGGUUAUUAAAAUUUGGAAAGAAAAACCAUGGAGCAGAUAGUUUGGUUAAAGACUGGAUUUCAGCAACCACUUAUAAGGGAGAUGAUGGCACGGGAAAUGGACUUGAUCCUCCAAAUCGAUCUGAUGUUUGCCAAUAUGAGGAUGAGUUUUUCAACGAACAAGUUCAAUCCUUGCACAGUUCUAUUCCGGCAGCUCCAGUUAACUUCAAAUUGAGGGAAGAUCAUUUAUCAGGAAGCUCAAUAAAGGCACCGAGACCAUUCUUUUCCUUAUCAUCAUUUAGAAGCAAGGGAAAGGACUCAAAGAUAAGUCUCCCAAAGGUAUAAAAGUUCCAGUGAUUAAUCACAUGGAACUGCCUUGACGGUGUGCAGCUUCAAAUCAUAUUUUAUUCAGCCAGAACUUGAGGUAUGCGCGUGCUACAAUCAAUAUUUAUACUAUUUGUUCUUGUAUAUAGUAUAUCAUUGGGCUUUUGUUAGCCUUGCUUGUACUUUGGUAUUAAUUCUGGUUGUCUCGGUGUAUAAUGUUGUCUAUUGCCUUGAGAGGACAGUUCCCUGUGGCGGAAUGUUAAUGUUAUUUUACCUGUCACAGCAUUCUUCAACUUUUAUAUUUAUAUUUUGCAGUAAUUCAAGCUUGAUUCUUUUAAA